UAGUACUCUCUCUGCCCGAUAAAUCUUUCGCUCACAACUUCUACAUUUAUAUCCACGGACUACAAUCGUAUCGGAUCAUAUCUGUAUCAUAUCAUUGAAUAUAGAUCGAGGUAUAAGAAUAAGAUCCCUUCGUUGCAUUUAUAUUUUUUUAUGGUUUGUUUCAACGGACUAAUCGCAAAGAGACGCGCGCGCGUGCGUAGUACCAUCGGUAUGCGCCGGUACGUGGAUUAUCGCGUUCGAUAAUUCACCCGUUAUUACCGUUAUCUUUUUCGAUUUAAGCACAAAAGCACAAAAGCUCAGUAUUUACGUUAGGAGCGUAGAGAGGCAAUAAGAGCCAAACGCUAGGUGCGGAAAUCAUAUUAGAUUUACAGUUGAACAAGUCACACGUUUCGAGACCAAAGUCUUUCCCAUGACAUCUGCAGUAUAACAAAAAGAUAUUUGCAUCGCAACGUUAAUAAUUAAGUAAAAUAAAACAAAUAAGUAUAAAUCGAGAAACAGAAGUCUAAUAUGACUUGAAUCUGAUAUGAUCUCCGCACCUAAUACCUAGCGUUUGGCUCCUAUUGCCUCUCCGUGCUCGUAACGUAAAUGUACAUCAACAGAGCCGUAAUAUUUUACUAAGUGAUUUCUCAGUAUUGUAAGAAAGAAAUUCUAUUGUAUGCUAUUGCGAAACUUUUUGUCGAAAUCGCCGAAGCAGAAGUAGGAGGAGAAUGAGGAGGAGGAGGAGGAGGAGGGGGUGUGACACCGCGCCGCGAUAGUAAAAUGCGCGACAGUGUACGGGAGUAUGUUGCUCCGUACGAGACCCGAGCUCGCCGAGCGUGAAAAAACAUUAAUCACCGACCUUCUCUUUCUAGUCGUUCGUGGAAAGUCGUUCCAGUCGCCGAGUCGUGCUCUAGCCGCGCCGACUAGAGGUAUUCAAAGUGCGCUCGCUGACCUUGUGCGCCGCCAACGAUAACGAAGCACUCUUAUUGCUUCCGCUCCGCACGUACGUUGAUUGCUCGGAUUUCAAGCAAAAUUAUUAAAUUCCCGCCACGCGUGCACGCGGGCUCCACGCUGCGUUUCUCCCCGACGCCGGUGCCUCGCCAGCUCGCCAACGAUUUUUGAAAAUUCCGCACGUGACGAAAAUUCAAUUCAAACUGAGGCGCGCGAACACGCGCCUGCGUGUCUCUCUAUCGCGCGCGAAAUCGCCCGCUCUUGCCGUCAUCGACGAGGCGAAGGCAAGCUUGAAGAGAUUGGACCAAUACUCGAAAAGCAUCGCGUUCGAGAUACCGCGUCGGCGGCAAAGAGGAAAACAAGAGACACUUGGUGACAUACUGCAGGAUCGUAACGAAAGAAAUUGUUCAAGUUAUGGUCGAUGUUAAUGGGGUGAACGAUAACGAAAAGUCCGAUGCUUUAUGGCAGAAAAUUCAUACUGAUCAAAAUGAACAUUUGCAUAUUUACGGAUUCGAGAAGAGUUCUCUGAGGACCACCGUGACAUACGUAUCGUACGUAUUGACUGUCGGAUUGGUUCGGCUAUUAUUUCACUGGUAUCCUCGGCUACAUCUGUACGCGACUCACCGAAAAUGUGCUUUAAAUUGCGCGACGAAAAUACUCGCGAUAGAUGAGUAUCAAGGAUUCAAGUCAUACUUUGUACAAGAUGUCCAGGAAAUUUCCACUAGAAACGUAAGCGCAAAGAGCUUAUUGGCCACUUUGGGCACCGUUGACCAAGGUCUCUUGGAAAAAAUCAAGGACAAAAAACUACAAAUUAAUCUAGAAAACGGCACGCGUCGCGAGGUGCGUGAAUACAAGGCUUUCUGGUGCAAAAAGAAAUGUUACGUCUGGGACACUACGAAUAAUAUAUUCUCGAGGCUCGUAGGACUUGACAAUGGUACAAUGUGUUCCGACCUCCAUCUCUCGCGGAGCGGCUUGUCCAAGGAAGAACAGUUGCUCAGGCGUGUCGUCUACGGAAAUAACGCCAUUGUUGUUCCGCUUCAGAGUAUCGGCGUAUUACUACUGCUAGAAGUUCUAAAUCCAUUCUACAUUUUUCAAGUAUUCACCUUGUCCGUAUGGUUCGCGGAGGGCUAUCUGUACUAUACUAUCGCUAUAAUACUGAUGUCGCUGUUCGGCAUAACGAGCUCUAUAGUGCAAACGCGCAAGAACCAAAUCAAUCUACGCGGCACCGUCGCGUCGUCCGAAAGUGUGCGUGUACUUCGCGACACGGGUACUUUUGAAAAUAUCUCUAGCGAGGAAUUGGUACCCGGCGAUCUUAUAGAAUUACCGAGACAUCGAGCGACUCUCGUGUGCGACGCGGUCCUGUUAACUGGGCAGUGUAUAUUAAACGAGUCCAUGCUAACGGGCGAGUCCGUACCGGUGACGAAAACAUUCUUACCAUUACGCUGUACCUUGUAUGACGCUAAGGAGCAUACAUAUCACACAUUGUACAGCGGAACAACUAUAAUACAAACCAAAUAUCACGAUCAUCAGCCCGUUCUCGCGAGGGUGAUUAGAACUGGUUUUCUAACUAACAGAGGUGCUCUCAUCGCCGCUAUACUGUAUCCACCUCCAGCGGAUUUCAAAUUUGAUAAAGAUUCAUACAAAUUCAUCGGCAUUUUGGCAUUUAUCGCAACCUGUGGCUUUAUAUAUACCGUAAUACUCAAGGUCUCGAGAGGGAUUUUAGCUGGAGAUAUAGCGAUAAAAGCAUUAGAUAUUAUUACGAUAGUUAUACCGCCAGCAUUACCAGCUGCGAUGACUGUAGGCAAGCUGUACGCUCAGGCGAGAUUGAAACGUGCCCAAAUCUACUGUAUUAAUAACAGGGUCAUCAAUGUUUCCGGCAGUAUUAAUUGCGUGUGUUUCGACAAGACUGGGACAUUGACCGAGAAUGGAUUGGACAUGUGGGGCGUUGUACCAUGUACGAACGGUGUGCUUGCCGAGGCCGAGACGGAUAUACCCAAGCUCAAAGGUCAUGCGCUUUUCGAAGGAAUGCUAGUUUGUCACAGUUUAACGCUUAUCGAUGGAGAACUUUGCGGUGACCCUUUGGACGCAAAAAUGUUCGAGAGUACAAAGUGGAUAUUGAAAGAUUCGGAUUGCACGCAUGUAAAUAAAUAUGACUCGAUAGCACCGAUUAUUGUCAGUUCACCGGACAAAACAAGCCUGACGAAAGAUACCAACGAAAUCACGGAGAUUGGUAUAAUACAGCAGUAUCAGUUCUCGAGUUCUUUACAACGAAUGUCCGUGAUCGUACAUGCAUCGGGAUCGGACGAUUUCAGAGCUUACGUGAAAGGCUCUCCCGAGAUGAUAAUCGACUUGAGCAAAGCGGAAACUGUACCGCAGGACAUUUCGCUUGUUUUAGAGCAAUUUACGAAACGGGGAUUUCGCGUGAUAGCGAUGGGACGCAGAGCGAUAGCUUCCAAGAGCAGCUCAGAGAUAUCGAGACUGUCUCGAGAAACGGUUGAACGGGAUUUGGAAUUCUUGGGACUGGUCAUUCUGGAAAAUCGACUGAAGCAACCGACGGCGCCAGUAAUUAGGGAACUAAGGGAAGCCAAUAUACGCGUGAUGAUGAUUACAGGAGAUAAUAUUCAGACUGCGGCAAGCGUCGCGAGAGAAUGCGGAAUACUUUCGACCGAAGAACACAUGGUAGACGUGAGCAUAGUCUCGAAUGACGAAAAGGAUCGUCCAGAGAUCACUUUCAAUAUACAGUCCCCGUCUCCAAGAUUGAAGUCGCAGGAUCAACAUCACUCGAUAUCACCGACGAUUAAAGAUGUGGAACGCGGUAUAGCCCAUUGUAAUUACAGAUUUGCCUUAACGGGUCAAACGUGGCAGAUGAUGCGAGAACAUUACCCCGAUCUUGUAGAUCGCGUUUGCGUACGCAGUGCGAUAUUCGCAAGAAUGAGCAGCGAUCAGAAGCAACAAGUGGUCGUGGAGCUAAUGCGACUCGGUUAUUACGUAGCCAUGUGCGGAGACGGCGCUAAUGAUUGCGGAGCGUUAAGGGCCGCGCACGUCGGUAUAUCGCUCUCUAAAGCGGAAUCCAGCGUGGCCAGUCCCUUCACCUCGAGAAUACCCGACAUAAGCUGUGUCCUGAAAGUAAUACGGGAAGGACGUGCCGCUCUGGUUACAUCGUUCGGAAUUUUCAAAUUUAUGAUUGCGUAUUCCCUUACUGAAUUUUUGUCCGUUAUAAUACUGUACUUCAUAGACUCGAAUUUGACGGAUCUACAAUUUCUGUUUAUCGAUAUCUGUUUGAUCAUCAACUUUGCCUUCUUCUUCGGCAAGACUCGCGCGUGCGUGGACAAAUUAUCCAAGACGCCACCGAUGACGAGUCUGCUGAGCUUCACUCCGCUUUUUUCUCUAACGGCACACAUGCUCGUAAUGACCCUUUUCCAAGCGACAGCGUUUCACGCCGUUCAACAAUUUCCAUGGUUCACACCGUUCGUUCCCACUAGCAAUACCGGAUACACAUGUUACGAAAACUAUUCCGUCUACUGUGUCUCCAUGUUUCAAUACAUCACAAUGGCUAUUAUAUUUUCACGCGGGAAGCCUUACCGACGCGCAAUCUAUACCAACGGCGCAUUUAUAUUCUCCAUACUUUUGUUAACGGCCAUAUGCGCAUACAUUACAGUUUAUCCCGCGGUUUGGGUGGUGAACGCGCUGGAAUUGAUCCUACCACCCGUCUAUGAUUGGAGGCUCGCUAUCCUAGCGCUCGCUCUAGCCAACUUUCUCAUUUGUCUCUUCGUCGAGAGCCUUGUGAUAGAGCGGGUUAUUGAGAAUACCUGCAAGAGAAAAUUGUACAGGCCGGAAAAAUCCAAGAAACAGUAUCUAAAGAUAGAACACGAGUUGAAAAAUUGUCAAAGUUGGCCGAAAUUCAAGGGACAACUGCCAAUGUCAUCUGUCCUGCGAAAGGAAGGCGACUCGCAAAAUGUCGCGACUAUUACGUACAACAGCCAUUGUCGGUAUUCGAUCGGGGAUCAAACGGCGAAUGAUGUUAGCAAUUCGAGCAAGCGACCGAGUAACAGUCGGAAUGGAGAAAACGGAUUCGAAAAUUUUGGCUUUGCAAACGAUCAAGUGUAGCAGUGGUAUAUGUAUAUAUAAACGGAUAUGUAUAUACUUUUUUUUACCAAUUAUUAUCCCUUCAAGUGGGUCAGUUGUAAAAAUGCUGUGACCCUGCAGCACGAGUGCGGAAAAAGUAAUAUUUGUAUAUUUUCCGAAAUACUAUUCGAUGAGAAAUAUACAUGUAUAGCAGAAAUCACAUGGCACAAACCAUCAGUGGCAUCAUAAUAAAGUUACAAUAU